UUUACCAUAUUUAUAUAUUUCUUAAUUUAUUGGGUGUGCUUAUGGUGACAUGCAUGUCACGGCGACGUGCACUUUCCGGUUGACCUCAGUUAGGAUCUGGUCGACCUCAUUUAGGAUUCGGUCGACCUCAUAUAGGAUCAGGUCGACCUAAUCUGUUGUUUCAGUGUAAAAACAGUUCAUGGUACAUACUUUGGAUAUUCAUAUCAUACAAUUGGCUAGAUGAAAAUUGAAGACUAAUGACUUGUUUUGAAGCUGGAGUGUCCCUCUACAUAUUGAAGUGAUUGAGAGCUCGAUAGGAAGUCCAGAAGACCAUUUUUGAACCUCAUCAAAAAGCUAUGCCAAAACUGGGAAACUGCCUGGAAAUGGCCAAGUCUGGAAACGUGUUUGUGAAGCCAAUUUUGGAGCUCAAUUCGAGAAGAAAUGCGAGUCGAGUCCAGGAGCCUCUACCACGUUAAAUUAGGUAUGUUUUUAUACAAAUUCAAAGCAUUGGAUAUCUGUAAGGCUUCAAAUAAAAGAGUCGAAGUUGCUACGAAGGCUGUUUUUCUAGCAGACUUCGAGCACUAGCAAGCUGCCAGAAAAACAGCAUUCAUAGCAACUUCGAGCUUUUUGUUUGAAGCCUUAAAGAUAUUCAAUCUUUCAUCCAAUGCCUUGCCUUUGUAUAAAAAAAUACGUAAUUUAACGUGGUAGAGGCCCCUGGACUUGACUCACAUCAAUGCUUCUCAAAUUGAGCUCCAAAGUAGGCUUGACAAACACGUUGCCUGUCUCCGUGGCCUCGAAAUCAAGGGUGCUCAGUGGGGCCGCGUUGCUGGAAGGUAGAAUGGUGAGAGCUGGAGGGAUCUCCAAUGCAGUCAAUGUAGGAAUCGCUGUCCAAGCCGAUUGGGAGAAUCGCGAGUUUAUUUCUCACAUCUCCCUCAACAUCCGUCGGCUCUUCGAUUUCCUCCUCCAAUUCGAGGCUACGACUAAAACCAAACUGGCGUCGCUGAACGAGAAGCUCGAUUCUCUGGAGCGUCGACUGGAGCUGCUGGAGGUCCAAGUCGGUACUGCAACUGCCAAUCCUUCCCUUUUCAACACCUGAACUUUUUUUUCAGUCAGAAUCUUCGCUACUUCGGCUACUACUUGUAAGCGUAUCUCUCUGUUAUCUUCUAUGUCUGCUGUGGAAGCCUGAAUUUGUACUGUUAUGCUCCCGAGUUCCAAUAUACAUACGUCUGCAUUUAGCUUGUUCGUUUAUGAUCUAUAUGUGCCUUUUUUGCACUGUAAACUGAAUGGAAAUGGAGUGUUUGACGAUGGAGAACAAUUUGAUUAGAUUAUAACUUAACUCAAUUAUUGCCGGUUCCUGAUUUAGUAACCCCGAUUGCCCUUUGUUCUUCAAGCAAAAAUCCCACCAGAAGACGAGAACCGAGUGUUCUGUGACUGUCUUGCAUCACGGAGUGCAGGUAGAUAAUUAGGUUUCUGUCCUGCAUCUCAUUGUUCUAUGAAGAUGUGAGCAGAGUUUUUGACUAAGUAACCAACUAAUUAUGCACCGUCCUUGGUGAUUAAUAAUUUAAUUGGCAAGUCCUUCCACUCUUACAACUACCAUGCAUCUGGUAUGGUAUCUGGUCUAGGAUGAAAAUCUUUCUUAGUAUUGAUUUUUCUCUUACCUUUAAUAUAUUGCAGCCAGCCUAUUGACGGUGAUUGCUUGCAAUCUAAUAUGCAAGUAAUAUUUGACGGUGAUGUUAAAUUAGCCACUUUAUCGUGCUUGAGAUCACUGUUUAAUUGUGCUCUUCUUGUCACUUUAUUUGGCUGCAUGUUCAUUCUCACAUCUGAACUCUUCAUCCAUGUAUUUUGAGAACCAUUGCUGCACGAAUUGAUACUUUUGAACUGUGACGUCCUUCGCAUCUUGAAACAAAAGACAUUUGUCCGUUAAGUUUGCUGUUGACAAAUCGUUGCUUUCCAGGUCAAGAAGGCUAACUUGCUAAUAUCAGCAAAUUGUUAUAUUAUCAUACUAUUUUGGAUAGGGAAAUCCGGAUAGAAUCUAAUUUAAGGUUUCAGUCUUGUUUCAAAAAGUGGAUCUCUCAACUUGAAUGCUGAGGAGAUGAAAUUAACAAAUAGGAAUGGACUAUCUGGUACAUGAUCUCCUAUGAAAGAGCAUUGGUCAUAAAACCUCAAUUACCUUUCAUAAUCUUUCUUAUGGCUCAAUGAAACUGAUAUUAUACAUGCUGAGCAAUAUAGCCGCAUCCAUUAUCUUGGUGCUACCGAAGCUAUUGAUUGUGGGUUGAUUGGUGAAGGUUCUGGUGGGGUAGGAGGUGGCGGUGGGAGAACAGGAGGCUUUAUUGAGAAGCGAUUUGACCCUCCCAAGCUGUAUCCUCCUAUGCUGUCUAUGGACUUCAUAUAUUCAGAUGCAUUGUUCUCUAUGAUCAAAGCAUCUUCCAACUCCCUCACGAUAUCAGGCAUGCAUGGACGAUAAGCAGAGAAGGUCUCAAUGCAUGCUAAAGCCACCUCUACCACUCUCCACAUUGCUUCUGCAUGGUACCCUCCCUUUAUACCUGGAUCAACAAUUUCAUCGAUCCUCGAUUCCCUUACAUAAGGUUUAGCCUGCACAGAAAUAUAUGUUCCCCCCUCUUUUCUGUUAGUUUAGACAAUUGGCUUAACCAGUAAUCACGAUCUUGAGAUGCGAGUUGUUGGACUUACCCAUUCAACCAAGCUCCACUCGUUCCGAGGCCUUUGUAUGUUGAGUGGCUCCCGACCACUUAUAAUCUCUAGUAAUACUACUCCGAAGCUAAAGACAUCACUUUUUGCUGAUAGAUGCUGGGUUGAGUAAUACCUGAUUGAGAGGUAUACAAAUAGUUUCUGAGCUUUAUUUUUAACUCUUCAUAGAUAUUGGAAUAAGCUGAUUAAUUGAAAUUGAGCUGAUGAAUUAAUAACAUCUUCUAGUGUUUGCUUACUCGGGGUCCAAGUAUCCGGCUGUUCCUCUUACUUCAAGAGAAGCACCACUAUCACCCUCUUGAGGAGCAUACUUUGAGAAUCCAAAGUCUGCUACCUUGGCGUUCAUGCUAUGGUCUAGAAGAAUGUUGCUGGACUUUACAUCUCGAUGUAUAAUGCAGCGUUCAGCAAAUGUGUGCAGAAAUGUCAAGCCUGAGCAACAUUGGACAAUUAAAUAUGCACUGUCACCUCGUGAUCAGGUGGUAAGUCAAAAUUAUACUCUAUUUAUUGCUUAAUUACUUGCCUCGAGCAGCUCCAAGAGCAACAGAAAGUCUGGUUGGCCAGUCUAGAGUUUUCCUUUUUGCUGCUUCUCCUGUCACACAAGGUGGUUGUUAGAAAAACGUUAGUCAAAUGUCCAACGCAAUCUAGACCAUUGAUCCUUCUCCUCCCCUAUCCCUUGUUCCCUUCUCUCCCUCUUCUCCUUUUCUUUAUAAAGAGGCUUGGUGAAAGUUAAACUUACCAUAAAGCCGAUCUUGCAGAGAGCCAUUUGACAUAAAUGGAUAGACCAAGAUUUGUUGGUCCCUUUCACUACAGUAACCAAUCAGAGGGACUAAGUUCUCGUGCCGAAUUGCGGAGAAAAGGUUUAGCUGUGUCAUGCAAUGGUGUUAGUUUAUUUGUGCUGUUUAUAACAUUAAUCACAUAUCUCCAUCUGAUGAACAGCUAGAGCAGAUGAUAGGAGUAUGUUCCUGUACCUCGUUCUGGAAUUCCUUUGUUCCUUGAGUUGAGGUAGAGGAUCGUACCUUCACUGCUACAUCCGUACCAUCAAAUAGUGUGCCACGAUAAACAGACCCAAAACCUCCUUCACCUAUGAGAGUCUUGUACUUUUGGGUUGCAUUCUCAAUCUGAUUUAGAGUGAACAUUUGAAUAUUUAUGGUCCUCAAGGGGUCCUCAUCGGUCGUGGCUAUGGAGAAUACUGCACCUGCAGGGCCACAUGUAAUACUUGGGAUCUCAUUUCUUCCAGUAAUAACCAUUGUUUGAUUUGGUAAUCAAUAUGUUUCCUGAAAAUUAGCUCUUGCAGUAUUUGGGAAACCAUGAUUGAAGGGUGGGUUACUCAUAGGUUGCCGUGAUGAAUAAGUUCCAACAUCUGAAGGCAUAUGGAUGUUAUCACGUAGAUAUGCACGUGUCUGUAGUUUUUUCCCCCUCUCUAAUUACUGUAACAUCUGAAAGAAAAGCUUUCAAGAUGGUCGUGUGUGUUCUUUGUUUCAACUGCAUAAUACUAGGAGGAAGAUGGUUGAUAUGCUUACCCUUUGACAUUAUGAGUUGUUUUCCAUUAAUACAUCCCCAAGUUCUGAGUUUUUGUCUGCAGAGCAAGAGGCAAGCAGCUACAACCGCCACUGCCAAUAUGAAAGAUCCACAUGCAAUAGCAAUGACAAUACGAUUGUGUUUUUGUGCAGAUCCUGGCCUGGCACAUUCCCCUGAGCUGAAAAUUUUAAAUGAAACAUGCGAGAUUUUCUUUAAUCAAAUACCUGAUGCUAAGUUAAAAUAGAGUACUGACUAGAACAGACGAAGGAUUUCAUACUCUGUUCUGAGUCUUGAGUGAUUAAAGGUGGAAGGAUCUGCACUGACAUGAACAUUGCAUCCAAAAUAUCUGGUAAGCAUGGAAUGGGUAAUGGAUGAGCUUCCAACAAGUCAACGAUUUUUAGAUAUGCGCUCCUUUUAAUGAAAGGAAAUGGCUAACAGUUGAUAACAUGAACUUACAGGGUUGUCAAAUGUGGCAGUGUAAUUAAAGUAUCUGGAAGACUCCCCGAUAGGUCAUUGUAGCUUAGAUCCCUGGUGAUCAUGGAUGAAUCAGAUGAUAUGGUUGCAAGAAUUUAGCUUUUGUUUGACUACAGCUUCCAUCUUGACAGCAUUUUUUUGUAGUUGCAGUCUUCAAUAUGUUUAUCUCUCUGAACAAAUUUUGAAAUUGGCUCUCUGUGGACUUACUUACUUAGUAACAUAACUUGGAGUAGGAACUUACACUGCUGUCAACGUAGAGGACCUUGCGAACUCUGGAAUCUUGCCUGUAAACCCAUUGUUGCUAAGGUUCCUGAAUACCAUAGUAACAGAGGAAUGGUUAGAGACACCGAUAAACAUGUGGUAUUAUCCAGAGUUGAUAUGAAAAAUCUUACAAUUCCUUCAGGUAGGUUAGUUGGGAAAUCAUGGUGGGAAUUUGUCCUUGAAGUUGACUUGAGGAGAUAUCCCUGAUGUAGCACAUGGUACGUUUAGUACAAGCUGCUCAAAAGAUCUAAAUGACAGAAGCAACAACUGCGCAGGAGUUUGUGCAGUCUUUGCUUACUGUGGCAAGACAUGGUCUCUGCAAUGUAGCAAGUUGAAACUUACAGCUUAGUGAUGAUAGUAGAACCAUUACUGUAGUGGCAGGCAAGACCAUCCCAAGACGAAGGCUGACAUGGAUCUCCUGACCAGCCCUCCAAUUUCUUGCUCCCUUUGUUUUGCUGCAGCAGCCCAUCUUUCACUCUAUCCAUCACUCUCACUGCAAGGUGGAAAACGUAAAUUACUAUUGUGGGAAGGUAAACAAUCAACAAUAGUAUACAAUUGGCAGAAUGAAAUAUGGUUCAGCUGGAUUUCGUUUAGAGGCUGAGAUUAGAACUUUAGUAGAAAGGGUCUACAAUGCCAUAUCCGCAUAUCCAGUUUGCAUUUGAUAGCAACUUUGAAUGUGGAACCACUAAGUCACCUUAAGAUGUACGUAUCUAUAGAAAGAGCGAGUCAAAUUUGAAUUAUAGUAGCUAUUGAACAUACAUACCAUCUCUAUGGUGAGUUCCUUCGACCCAUUGACGAACCUGCAUGAUCUCAUAUGCAUUUAGGAUAGGUCCAAACUUGGAUUUGUUAUCGACCCUGGCUAAGGUCAAGUUCAGAGACCCAUUUGCUGUAACGUUCAGAGCAACUUCACUGUAGUUUGACCCAUUUUCCCUUAUGUCAAAGUUUGCUUGCUGCUUUUCGUUGUUGAUGUAGAUGUCAAACACUCUUUGGCCAGGUCUAACAUUGUCAUCUAGCUCAAAAAAGUGGAGAAAGAUAGUAUAGUUGCAAUCCCUAGUUUCAAGAUCAAUGUACAAGAACUGGAAACUGUAUUCAUUUGUUAUUGCAGUUUCGAGAACUUUGAGAGGCACUUUUGCGGCAGUCUUGGAGAUGGUAUUGUUGACUGUGGUUAUUGCAGACAAACUGACUCUUUCUGUAUCUUGACUCGUCCAAAUUCUGUCAUGUGGAUCAUCUGGGAACCUGUAUCACAUAACAUGGCGAAUGCUAGUUGAAUAGUGUUGUAUCUUUGUAUAUAUGUAUAGACUAUAGAGCAGGAAAGGAAAGCUGCUAGCAAUAGAGUGGAAAAGUUUCCUGUUCCCUUUGUGGAAGGGGGCCAAAUGGUUUGAAUGAUUAGUAUUGUUUGGUUGUAUAGGUAAGCACUGAAACAUGUACAUGACUGGUAGUCUGCAUAACAGAACUUGCUGAGUCGUCGUAGGUGAUUUGUGAUGCAUGCUAUGAAAAUUUCAAUUCGCCAGUUAGAUCUCUCUAAAUUUUCCUGGCUGUAUUAGCAUAGGCUUUCAAAAAUAUGGAGCAGUUUGCAGUCAUUCGAGAUUCAUGAAAGCUUAUGGUAAGGGAAGUAGAGAUCUGAUUCUGGAGUAACGUGAACACUUGCAGACAUUGAGAAACGGCAAGGCUGCAAUUGCCGUGCCAGAGCUAAUGAAACGUUGGCCAUGGAUCUAGUUACCAGUGUUAGGUUGGAACAUAAUAAUACAUUUUGUACUUGUGGCAGAUUGCAGGCAUCCUAAUUGGUGUCUGGAUCCUAUUUUAGCUCUUAAACCUCAAUAUUUUAUGGAAUAGUUUCAGAAAAGGAUGUUUGUCAGUAGCUUUAUCUCUUCAAUCAAAUGUGCUUAAUUGUUCUGCGUGGGGGGGAAAAAGUGCUCAGAAAGUACCUGAUUGGACUCCCACUGUUUCCCAAAUCCACUCUGUCCACCAAUUUCAGGACAGUAGAAUCUUUUCCAUCCAGGUAACUUGAAUCAUCAGACAGUGGCCUCAGUUCAAGCUGUGAAAUGUAAGGAUCUCCUGUUUCUUGUACCAAACAGAAAUCUAUGUAUUGAUCAGUAGCUCUGAAGAUGCCUUCAACCUGUGAUUCUCCUGAAGAGUCCACCAAACCUAUUGGUGUUACACCAACCAAGACAUCAAAGGUUGAAGACACCGACCCUACCACUGAGUUGCUGAAAGGGAAUGUGCCCCUAAUCAAGUAGUCACGGUCCGGAGUUGUUGGCAAGCUAUAACAUCUCUUCUCAGAGUUACCAAGGUAGAAAUAUCUAACUUUAUCAUGGCCUGUUGUGUAGUUAUCGGAUGAUGCUCUGGCUAUGUUCUGGCAACCUGUUUCAUCUGGAUACCAUUGCUCAUCUGAUAUCCAAGUUAUCGAGGAGCUAUCGGUCUGCCCUUCUCCACCACAGCAUUUAAUGCUUAUGAAACCUGCAGGUCACAAGAUUCUCAUGUUUUAGUAAAUUCUGCUUUCCUCCCCUGAAGCAUUGUGGCAAGUGGCAACAAAGAGGGGAGCAACUACACAGAAGAAUAUGCAUCAACUUUGAAUUUGGUCAGUUGAGUCCGAAAUCUCAAUAGUACUGGAAAGGAAAAUUCCUGUGUUUAGUUCCUUUAUCCAUUUCAUGUCGAUGGAUAUCUAGAGCAUGGGUCUAUGUGAAUUCGGCUGGGGUUAAUGAGUUUGGCACUUGCAUUCACCAAGUUCUCAGAAUCAAUAAAAGGUAAUAAUUUCGAUUCUGCAGUUACUUCCUGAAGUGGAUGAUUCUUUCAAUGCCAAAGUGGCAGUCAAAGAGUUUUCAGGGUCUUAAAUAUCUGGAUCAGAUUAGAUCAAUACUCAUGAAAUGAACCUGAUCCAGUAUCUUGACACUUUGCAACAAGAUCUCUUCAGGAGGAUCUUGUCAAUGUCAACUGUUUAAUACAGUGGCUUGCUUAUUCAUCUCAAUGCUAAAACAGACAUGCCUUGAUGUGUGUAAUUGAGAUGGUUACCUUCUUGAUGUGCAGGAAUUGAUUGAACUAGUAAGAUGAGCAGGCAAAGAAUGAAAGAGUCAACACUUGUCAACCUCCAAUUAUGCCUUCCUCCCAUCCCAAUCAUCUUCUCAUCUUACAACGAGCUCGCCCCAUCCGGUCAUCAGAUGAUGAAGAAACCUGCUUCCCAGUUCAUCAAACCCUUGCUCUGACUCCAAACAAUCCUCAAUGCUGCAAAUAUUUUUUCCCCUGAGAUUGAUGAAAGCUGAACCAAAAUUGAGAUACUCCCAAAGUAAAAACCAAGGGAUACCCUAGCUGGUUAAGCAGCAGGACAUGGAGGUUUAAGGGAAGGCCUAAAAAGGUCUGUUCAGAAGGAGCUAAUCACAGAGGGCAACAGAUGACAAAAAGGAAUAUCAAAGAAAAUGGGGGAAGUUUCCCUUUUCUUGGCGAGGCAGGCGAUGAUCAAAACAACAGGGUUUGACUUGAAAGCUAGAGGUUGGAAUGGUGAAGAAGGUUAUUAUUAGGGUGGGUCUGGGACUGAAUCAGAAUAAGUCCAAAGUUUAAAAUAAUGAUUUCCAACUUAAAGUUUAAUUGAUUGUUGUUGUGGAGUGGCGUCAUAAGAACAUUGGUAUUUUCUGUUUUGGUGUGGAAUUAGGGUACAUAAUCAAUUGAACAAAGGUUUUAAUAUAUUUGAGGGAUAACGUCCCUUCGAUUAUCGUCCCUCCUAUUGUCUUCUAGCUGGGAUGGAACAUCAUCAUCCCAGCCCCAGUUUCGGUUUCAGGGGAUCAACACAUCGCUGACAAACUGCAACUCUGGAGUUCCGACUGCAAUUUUCCAAGUCGUGAAAGUUGAAAGUUGAGAGGAUUUAGUAAAGAGAACUGGCGAGUUCAUUACCUUGUCACCCACGCAAUGACUUUCAGGUACCUCAACUCCCGGAUUCUGCUCGAACCUUAGUUUGGUUCCAUGUGAAGCAUAUGCAUUUUGCUUGUAAUCUAUAGUUUGCACUAACUAUGGAUGUGAAUGAGCAUUCGCCAUCGCUUUCUAAUAAAAGCAAUGUUGUCACAUCGGUUUAUACCGUUGCGUCAGUUUAGCAAGCGGUAGGGGUGUACAUGGGUCGGGUGGUUCGGGUUUAGUCAUUUUAAUCACCCGACCCAAAAAAAUAAAAUCCUACGGUUUGUUUCUAAUUGGAUUGGAUUUGCGAUAUUUUUAAAUAAAAAUCCAACCCAACACAAAAUAUGUAAUUAUUCUACACCAAAAAAAUAUUUUAUAACUAAUUAAAAUUUCAAACGAAUAAACCGAGGUGAAAGGUAUCAAAAUGCACAAAUGGUGUUUGAAUUUUAAUAAAAUGUUGUUUACUUCAACUAAUGUCUAGUUUUUUUCAUGAUAUUUGUCAAAAAUAGGCUAAAGAGUAAAAAGGUCAUAAACGAAUGCAUCUAUAAUAUGUUAUUCUAUUAAAAUUGUACACAAGAA